CGGAAACUGAAGGAAAAGGAACCCCCCAGGGUCCGACAGACCCGUGACCGUGCCCACCCAAAACCCCUGACGCGCAUAACCCCCAUUCCGCCCAAAUGCCCGGCCGCUCGCCGGCGCCCACCGGCCGCCGCCGGCGCCGCAGCCGAGGCUGGAGCACUCCGUCUAAGGCCUCCCGUCGCCCACAGUCCCCUCCCCCUUCCUCCGCGCCGCCCCUUGCCCAGCAGCCGCCCCUGCCCCCUGGCACCGAGGUCGAGGUCCGCGUCGACGACGACGGCUUCCACGGCUCCUGGUUCGAGGCCAAAGUCGACAGCUUCCUCCCUGCGCGCGGCCGCGGCUCCCGGGCCCGCUACACCGUCACCUACUCCCAUCUCCUCUCCGACGACUCCGGCGGUACCCUCGUCGAACCCUUCGCUCCCUCCCACAUCCGCCCUCGCCCCCCUCCUCCCUCCAACCCGGAGCCUCUCUGCCUCCACGACAUCGUCGAGGCCUUCCACAACGACGGAUGGUGGUCCGGAAUCCUUCUCGCCACUGACCCCCUCACCGCCGCCUUCCCCAUCACCCGCGAGGUCAUAACCUUCCAGGAUCCCCACCACGUCCGCCCUCGCCGCGACUACGUCGACGGCCAGUGGCUCCCGUCCAAGGUCGCCAUUUCUGUCCAGCCCAAGCGGGCGGUUAGGGUUUACGCCGUUGGGGACAAGGUGGAGGUGGUGAGGGACCGGGACUUGUAUGGCUACUCGUGGUUCCCCGCCACCGUGGCCAAGGUCAUUGAUAGGCUGAGUUACCUCGUGGAGUACUCCGAUCUGGAGGAAGAGGUGGGUGGGGGGAAGGCCAUGGAGUACCUGCAUUGCCUCUUCAUCAGACCAGACGUGGAGCACUCUCCGCGGGAGAGCGAGUUCCGCCUCGGUCCUGGUGCCGCAGUGGAGGUGUACUGUGACGGCGCUUGGUCACCAGGGGUGGUGCAAAGGGCUGUUGGCGAGGGUGAGUACGAGGUUAGCAUUGACGGAAAGGAGGGAGAGCUGUUGCUGAAGAAGGUGCCAGAGUUGCUCAAGCCUCAAUACAAGUGGAAUGGCAAGCAUUGGAGGAUUGUAAGUCCUAAGAGACAAGGUAAUAGGCGGCAGUCUGUAUCUGGAAAACGUCCAAGCUCAGCUGUUGAGGUGGCAUCCAAUGAUGAUGAAAAUAGCCAUCAUACACAAUCUCCAGCCACAAAAAGGUCAAGGAUAGAACUGCCACGAAAAAAACUUGAAGAGUUAACUGAAGGUUCUGAACAUGUGUUGGAGUCUGAGAUGGACACUAGUUUAUCUGCACUACGCAAGUCACUAGCAAGCAAUUUUUCUCCAAAAACCUGUUCUCCGCGAUCUAGAAAAAAUAACUUUCAAGCGAUUUCACGAAGGAUAGUGGAUUCUUGUACAGCGCCGAUGAAGGGGCUUGGGGUUCAUCAUGCUUCCUCAGAAAAUCCAACACCUCAGAACGAAUCAAGAGCAGAUGGUAUUGUGGAAGUUGUUGUUCAAGAAGCCCCGCUUGACAUGAUGCUUUCAAAUGGUCAGCUUAAUUCACCUGUCUGUGGAAGAAUUGCUGAUGAAGCCCAUGAUAUGCUUUUGAUUGCAGGAUUAAGAAAACAGAAAAUGGAUUCCUCUUGCAUAAAUAAUGCUGUCCAGAAACCACAGGAAAGCCAGGAAAGCCCGCUUGAUGUCCAGCCACUCCAGGUAAAGAAAUUUAGUGCCAAGCAUAAAGGUGGGGAAAAAGGCGGGGAAACUCACCCUAUUCAAGCACUUGAGGGAAACAGUGACACAUUUAAUAACAUUCAGUUGAAAGGUAACAGCAAUAGCUCUUGUAAGGAAAUUAUUUGUGCUUUGACUGCUUCGACGUGCAAUGCCCCUUCACCGCUGGAUAAGCAGACGAGAGCACCUGAUGCGGUGUCAAGAGGGGCUGAUAGUAGCUCAAACACAAAGGUUUUUGCCUCCAAGAAAUCAGCUGAAAAGAAAGGCUUCAAAGGUUUGUCUAGCCCACAUAGCUCAGGGCAUGGAACUAGGACUGUCCAGAAGAGAAGUGCAAAGAAAGUGGCAGGGCGACAGAAAGAAUGCUUCAUGGAAAGACAAGUGGACAGCAGAGGACCUCAUACUCAGCAGCAGCUCAACAGGGAGGAAAAAGUAAACGUAAAUGACGGAACAAAUCAGGAACUGUUUCCUUUAAUACCCCCAGGCUUCAAAUCAAUCUGUAACGGGCAAGGUUUACUACCCCCAGGCUUCAAAUCAAUCUGUGACGGGCAAGGUUUACUCGAUGGGGAAAAAGUGGAUGAGAGACCAAAUCAACUACAUAUUCAGGAUGCUGGGAGCUCACAGUGCACCAUGGAAAACACUGCAUUAAGAAGCUGCUCAGCUGUUGGGACUUCUCUGCACCCACCUUUUCUUUCAUGUCAGAUCUCUGGUGAGCGUUUUCCGUUCAUCAAGACCUCAUCCAUAUGGUAUCAAAUUGAACCAAUGGAAGUGUUUCGGAAGGUACCACAGGAACCCCAUUUCCUUCCACUUCAGCAAUUUAUGCCGGAACUGCGUGAAGGAAUGGCUAUAGGUCUAAUGGUGACAUAUGCCAGCUUAGUUGAAAGUGUCAAGCGAUCAUGCAUAGAAGAUAAUAUUGAGUUAUUUGAAAGAAAGAUCAACGCACUUGCCCAUUUAGAGGAAAAUGGAUUUGAUGUUAAGUUGCUGCAGCACAGUCUGAUGAAAUUACUUGAGGCCAAAUGGGAGCACACCAAGCAUCUUGGACAUCUGGACGAGUUGAAAGAAUUGGUACCACGGAAGGAGUCUGCCAUGUCCCACAAGCAUGCAUUACUUGUUGAAAAGGAAGGAGCUAUAUUUCAGCUUGAGCAGAAACUUUUGUGCCUUCGUGGUGAAGCAGAGCAGAUUGCAAAGGAGACAAAAGAUGAAGAUGCAGAGCUCUUGAGGCUGAAAGAGGGAGUUAACAUAGCUCAGGAAGCAUGUGUUAAUGUUGAAGUGCGGUUUCAUGACAUCCUAGCCGAUAUGCGUUCGAGACUGCAGCUUUCCGAGUGAUACGAUAUUCAGAAAUCAUUUCAGUCUCCCAACUUAAUUGUUCCCGUAGCUUAUGCUCCCGUGAGUUGCACCUUUUAUCUAGGAUUAUCACCAAACUUGGAUGAGGGUUCCAAUUGUCAUUCGACACCUUUUAUGCAAGCAGCAGAUGUAUGGAUCUUCAACUCUGUCAAGUUUAGACCCAUUUUUCUAUGCUAGUUGGACGAUAUUUAUGGCUGUGUAAACUGGUUGUCUCGUGUUGUCAUUCAUUCCCCGAAUCCUGUGAUGACUGCUAUGCAGUGGGUCAAUCUGAAAACAUGCUGUUGAUUUAUACGUAUUA